CUUGGCAUGUCCGAUGAAGACAAUGUAUUAAGUUCGACAAAAAAAGGGCAAAACCAGCACUUGACUGGUUGAAACCUUUGGAUCAGGGGUCAAAGCUCACUAGUAGUGCAUCAAAGGGCAAAAGUGAUGUCCCUUUGCUCCACCCCUUCUUGUUUCCCUAUCUUCUCACCGAGCCCACCUCUCGAGCCCACUCGAACCCCGGCUCGAACCCAUUUCCCGAGCCCACCGGAGCCCGCCCGGACCCUCACUCUAACCCACCUCUCCCGAUGGAACAACGCCAACGCCCAACGCUUUAUCCGCCAUGAAAGAAGCCAGCAAGAGCUGGAAGCCCUACUUCGCCAAUCCAAGAAGGACCAACUUGCUGAAAACUUAUCAGAUGUUCCCUUUGAUGGAAACCCAAACGACCCAAAUCCCAUUUUUAGGUCUUCGGGCACACCUUCUUCUCCUUCGAGACCGUCCAUUCCUGGUAAGAAAUCGAAGUAUUCCCGCCCUGAAAAACUCAGGAGGUAUGCAGGGAAGAGGGGCAGGAGUUACAGUGGGGUUGGGCCGAUUAGGGUUUCUGGAGAGUUCUAUGGUUUUUCAGGGGGUUCAGAAACCCUAGAAAAGGAUGAUAAUUCUUCUGUGAUUAAUGGUGACAUUCAAAACGCUGAAUUUCUGGCAAUAAAGGUUUCUGAUUCCUCAGAAACCUUUGAAAACAAUGAGUUUCCUGCAAUUAGGGUUUCGGAGGACUCAGAAACCCCUGAAAACCAUGAAAUUUCCUUGGAAAAUGGUGAUUCCUUUGAUUGUGAUCUUCAAAACACUGAGUUUCCCUCAAUUAGGGCUUUGGAGGACUCUAAAACCCUUGAAAUCCAUAAACUUUCUUCAGAAAAUGUACCCGCCAAUGAGAUAUCAAACCCCAGGAAAGACACCAGAAGCUCAUCUUCAAAGAAGGACCCGCAGCACCCUGCUUUCCGGCCAAUUAGGGCUUACAAGCCCCUUAGGUCUCAUGGGUCUUUCUCUAGGAAUUCUGAAAAAUCAGAAACUGGGUUUUCAGUAGGAGAACAUGGGGUUUCUUAUAAGUUGGUGAACGCGCCAUUUGAGUUCCAGUACAGUUACACAGAGACCCCUAAGGUGAAGCCAUUGGCUCUAAGAGAACCCCCAUUUAUGCCAUUUGGGCCUAGUACUAUGCCAAGGCCAUGGACUGGUAGAGCCCCAUUGCCACCUAGUAAGAAGAAGCUACCUGAAUUCGAUUCUUUCAAAUUACCACCACCCCAUAAGAAGGGGGUUAAACCAGUUCAAGCUCCUGGGCCCUAUUUACCUGGUACUGGACCGAGAUAUGUGAAGUCAAGAGAAGAGAUUCUUGGUGAGCCGUUGACUACUGAGGAGGUGAAUUCUCUGAUAAGGACUUGCUUGAAGUCGAAAAGACAACUCAAUAUGGGUAGGGAUGGCCUGACACACAACAUGCUGGAUAAUAUUCAUGCGCAUUGGAAACGCUUGCGAGCGUGCAAGAUAAAAUGCAAAGGGGUGUGUACGGUUGAUAUGGACAAUGUCUGUGAACAACUUGAGGAAAAAACAGGCGGGAAGAUCAUUUACAGGAGAGGAGGGGUAUUGUACCUUUUUCGUGGCAGGAACUACAAUUACAGACUUCGACCUAGGUUUCCUCUUAUGCUUUGGAGACCCAUAACGCCAGUGUAUCCAAGGUUGAUUCCACUGGUACCUGAGGGAUUGACUCUAGAAGAGGCAAAGGAGAUGCGAAAGAAGGGACGAAAGGUGCCUCCAAUAUGCAAGCUAGCGAAGAAUGGUGUUUAUGUAGACCUUGUGAAAAAUGUAAAAGAGGCCUUUGAAGAGUGUGAGCUGGUGCGCAUAAAUUGUCAGGGCUUGAAUGCGAGUGACUACAAGAAGAUAGGUGCAAAACUCAAGGACAUUGUACCCUGUGUAUUGAUCUCAUUCGAGAAUGAACAUAUAUUGAUGUGGAGAGGACGAGACUGGACAUCAUCUCCCUCUAAACUGGAAAAUGAUUCAGAAACCCUAGAAAUCGCAGAAGUCUCAUCCGAAACUGGAGCUCCUGAUCCUCAAAUUCUUCCUAUUUCAAAUCCCGACACUUCGAGUUCAGCCCUUGAUACAGAGAAAUGCUCUACUACGUCAAGCCAACCAAACCAAGUUGAUUCAAAUUGCAUUGAGCCUAAUAAUAUAAGCAUGCUUAAGGUUUCAAACAAUAUGCUAACAGAAGAAACUGAAGUGGGCCCCACCCCGACUUUUCAAGAUGCGCUGGCAAUCUCAUCAGAAUGUGGUGCCAAUUGUAGCGAGAUCACUCCAGAAAGUUCCGGAAGCUGCAUUGACCCACUGGUCCUUUUGGAAAGUUCUAGAAGCAAUAGCCAACCAGUUUUGGAAGAUUCCAGAAGUGAGGUGGAGGUUAAAUUGAACGGUUCAGAAAGCGAAACACUGGCUUCUUUUGAAGGUUCUAGAAGCAUCAGUGAGUUAUCAGUUACUCCAAAAGGUUUGGGAAGCAAAAUGGUGGUCUCAAUGGAAGGCUCCGAAAGCAAAACUCAGCUGGACCAGGAGGGAAGCAAAGGCAAUCUGAUGGUUGUUCUGAAUGCUUCUGGAAGCAAUGACAGUGGUACAGUUUUGAAGUUGCGGGAAGCUCCUGGAACUGUGUCGGAAGAUUCUGAAAGAAAGGGAAGGAUGGCAGUCUUAGGGGUCUUGCGACUUAGAGAGCGAGCCGUCGUGGAGGGCAUGGCCGUGGUUCUAGAUGAGAAAAGUUAUAUUGAUGCUAAUAUUGUGUAUGAUAGGGCUGUUAAGCUGGCUUUGACUGCUCCAAAAGAUCCAGUAUUUGUGCACAACAGGCACAAUAAGAGAGAGGUUUUGGUCAACAAGGGUAAGGAGAGAGGGAGUGAGUUGAGGGGGAGAGAGAAUGUGGGGGUGGUGCAGGUCAAAGCUAAGGAAAGUAGUGAGAGAAAGGUUAAAGAGGGUAGUGAGAGAAAGAAGAGUAGUGUUAAGGUUCAGAAGAGGAGGGAGGUGCAUUUUGAUGCAAUUCCUCAUGGGAAUUUGGCUGUUGAUGAGUUGGCCAAGCUCUUGGGUUAGUGGAAUUGUUAUCUAUCCAGUUUUUUUUUUUUGUAUGAAAUUGUUACUUUUUCCAUUGUGGAGUAUGUUACUCUUUAAACUUUUGUUUUUAUUUUUAAAUUUGCUAAAACUUAAGUCAA